UUUCCCAAGCACUAAAGAAAAAAAAAAUCAACGUCUUCCUCAAAAUCUUCCGAACAGGACGAACUCAGAAACAAAUAACGAAGAAUCAAGCUUUUAACCUUUGAAGGCGGCGGCACUUUAUAUUCUCUCUAUCAUUUGAUAUCUCCUAUGAAUUUCGAACCUCCUUUAUACUUGUUCCUUCGAACUUCACCUGUUUCAUCAACCCCGUAUUUUUCUCUUCACUUCAAUUCCCAUUCCCCUUCGCUUCUUCUAUUCUUCUUCCCAGCAAUUUGAUGUGCAGCACCACCACAACUUCCCUCAACAAGGGUCUCGAUUUUAAAUACCCUUUUGAAAAACACGUUGUUUUCCAGCCUGCCCAUUUGAGCAUUUCGUCGAACAUGUGGCGGAACGUCGCCAAGCACGCACUUUCCGCUACUUUCAGGGGGUUCCACCUUCGCUUCCACCCUCCCAAUAGCCCUGUGAAUUCAAUCUUCCAAAAAAGGAUGGGAAUUUUGAGUUUUGCAAGGAAACCAAAUGAUGUUGGAUAUGGCAAGUUGUAUAAAGGGUAUGCUAGUGUUGCUGAGGCGGUUUCUUCUUCCACUGAUGUGGAAGAUGAUGCUCCAGUUCCAUUUGGUGUCAAAGAAUAUGGUAGUGUUGCCGAGACAGUAUCUUCAACUUAUGUUGAGGAAGAUGCCAGUGUGGUGGAUGAAAUUCGAGAAUUGUUGGAGGAGAUGAAGAAGGAAGAGCAGAGACAGGUUGCUUCUUUUAGGUGGAAGGGUGAUAAUUCGAAUAGGAGGGGCAGUAUGACACAGUCCAAGUUACAGGAGUUGAGGAGGAGGCAGGUUAAGAUUGAGACCGAAGUGUGGGAGGAGGCGGCAAAGGAGUAUAGAGAGCUCUUGUUGGAUAUGUGUGAGCAGAAGCUUGCACCCAAUUUGCCGUACAUGAAGUCUCUGUUUCUUGGUUGGUUUGAGCCGUUGCGUGAUGCCAUUACCAAGGAGCAGGAAUUGUGCAGGCAGGGGAAGAACAAGUCAGCUUUCGCUCCUUACUUUGGUCAGUUGCCGGCCGAUAAGAUGGCUGUUAUCACAAUGCAUAAGUUGAUGGGGUUAUUGAUGACUGGGAGUGAACGUGGAACCCUUGGCACUGCCAGGGUUGUGCAGGUUGUCUGCAGCAUAGGUGAUGCCAUUGAACAAGAGGUUAAAAUACACAAGUUUUUGGAGAAAACCCAGAAGAAAAAAGGUCGUAAAGGGAAGAAAAAUGAAGCAGAUGAUCAGUCUGCUGUUGACCACAAAGAAGGGGAAAAGCUGCGGAAAAAAGUCCUUGAUUUGAUGAAAAAGCAGAAGCUUAUCGCAGUGAAGGGGAUAGUGAAGAGCCAGGAUGAUGCAAAGCCAUGGGGACCAAUCAUUAAGUCAAAGGUAGGAAGCCGUUUAGUUGAGCUUUUGGUGCAGACAGCCUAUAUACAACCACCAUCAGAUCAAUUAGUGGAUUGUCCACCUGAUAUCCGACCUGCAUUUGUCCAUUCAUUUAAAACAAUGACACAUGAGUCAAUGAAAACAAGCAAAAAAUAUGGGGUUAUUGAAUGCGACCCUAUAGUUCUUAAAGGUCUCGAAAGAACUGCAAAAAAUAUGGUCAUUCCCUACAUGCCUAUGUUGGUUCCACCAAUCAACUGGACAGGUUAUGACAAAGGUGGGUAUUUGUUCUUACCCUCCUAUGUCAUGCGUACCCAUGGAGUCAGGCAACAACGUGAGGCAGUUAGGAGGGCCCCUAGGAAGCAACUUGAGCCUGUAUUUGAGGCUCUGGAUACACUUGGGAAUACAAAAUGGAGAGUAAAUAAGAGGGUACUGAGUGUUAUAGACAGGAUAUGGGCUAGUGGAGGACGACUUGCUGAUUUGGUGGACCGAAAUGAUGUUCCUUUACCUGAGGAACCAGAUACUGAUGAUGAAGCUACGAUUAAGAAAUGGAGAUGGAAAGCCAAAUCUGUGAGGAAAGAGAAUAGGGAGAGAUAUUCACAACGCUGUGAUGUUGAGCUUAAACUGGCCGUAGCACGGAAAAUGAAGGAUGAAGAAGGUUUUUACUACCCCCACAACGUUGAUUUCAGAGGACGUGCAUACCCCAUGCACCCACACUUGAAUCACCUAGGUUCAGAUUUAUGUCGUGGUAUAUUAGAAUUUGCCGAGGGACGCCCUCUUGGAAAGUCUGGCCUCCACUGGCUGAAGAUACACUUGGCAAAUCUGUAUGCUGGCGGUGUUGAUAAACUAUCUCAUGAGGGUCGUAUUGCAUUCACUGAAAAUCAUUUGGAUGACAUAUUUGAUUCAGCUGACAAACCUCUUGAAGGUAGUCGGUGGUGGUUGAAUGCAGAAGAUCCAUUGCAGUGUUUGGCUGCAUGCAUAACUUUAGCCGAUGCUUUAAGAAGCUCUUCCCCAGAAACAUUCAUUUCACAUACUCCAAUACAUCAGGAUGGCUCUUGUAAUGGCUUACAACAUUAUGCUGCCUUGGGAAGAGACAAGUUAGGGGCUGCUGCUGUCAAUCUAGUUGCUGGAGAGAAACCCGCAGAUGUUUACUCUGGAAUUGCCACUAGAGUAUUGCACAUUAUGCAAAGGGAUGCUCAGGAAGAUCCUGCAAUAUUUCCCCAUGCCCUACAUGCAAGGAGACUAGUUAAUCAGGUGGAUAGAAAAUUGGUUAAGCAGACAGUGAUGACAUCAGUAUAUGGUGUCACUUACAUUGGUGCGCGGGAGCAGAUAAAGAGGAGGUUGAAAGAAAGAGAAUCCGGUUUAGAUGAUGACGAACUCUUUGGCGCUUCUUGUUAUGCUGCAAAGGUCACCUUAACUGCCUUGGAGGAGAUGUUUCAAGGUGCACGGAAUAUUAUGAAAUGGCUUGGUGACUGUGCAAAAGUAAUUGCAUCUGAAAAUCAGCCAGUCCGCUGGACCACUCCUCUUGGACUUCCUGUUGUGCAACCUUACCGGAAACUUGGAAGGCAUAUCGUCAAAACUUCACUUCAGAUGUUGACAUUGCAACGAGAAACAGAUAAGGUCAUGACAAAGAGGCAGAGGACAGCAUUUCCCCCAAAUUUUGUUCACUCACUUGAUGGUACUCAUAUGAUGAUGACUGCGGUGGCCUGCAAAAAAGAAGGCUUGAAUUUUGCAGGGGUUCAUGACUCAUAUUGGACGCAUGCAUGUGAUGUGGAUAGAAUGAACAGAAUACUCAGAGAGAAGUUUGUUGAACUCUAUGAGACCCCAGUACUGGAAAAUUUACUGGAGAGCUUCCAGGGGUCUUUCUCAACAUUAAUGUUCCCCCCAUUACCGGAACGGGGAGACUUCGACCUAAGGGAAGUUUUAGAUUCACCAUAUUUCUUCAACUGAUCUUUCUGCAGCCCUCUGUAGGGCAUGGACUCUUUCUUUAGGGCUUAUUAACUGCAUUCUGAGUUAUUUCGGCAUGUGCAUAGUAGCGACAACAGUUCUUCCGAAUGUGCUCACGAUACAGGCCGUUCCUCAGUGGCAUUAUAUAUCUUUGAAGGCAUCCAGGGUCUUGAGGAGGACUCUUGUCUGGUAUGAUAAUAUAAAAUCACCCGUAACACUGGAAUUUUUGAGGGUAUAUACCUUAACACCAGAUAAAAGCUUUCGUAGCUUUUGCAACAACCAUGAUGCUUUCAAGAAAAAAAUAGCCAAGGGAUAAAGCUUGGCAUUGCUAGUUAGUGAGUGUAGUAGUGAUUGAUUUCAAGAAUUUGGGAAGAGAUCUGCGAAUAAGUUCAGCUCACAAGUCUCCAUGAAAACUAUGCCAGGGAUAGUUGCAAGACCAUCUUUGAUAUCAAGAGAAUAGCGAAUGUCUACCUUAGAUAAGGUUUUACAUGUGUAUUUUGUACCAGCUUUCUUUUGUAAAUAACUAAAUAUAAAAGAAACAUUCUUUUUUAUUAUUUUAUAACAUGUUUAAGAUAAUUUAUUGUAGACAUUAUAUGCACCAAAAAUAGAAAAAGAAUAUAUGAGCCCUUUUUAGCUAAUGAAAUUUCAGAG